UCGUAGAGCAGCUGCUCACAGCACAUUCUCCUCGGCAGGAAUACUCACUUUCCUUCUCCGUCUGCUGUGUUUCAUCUCUUUCUCUCACUCACUUUCUGUAUUUGGCAAAACACACAAAUCAGGGACAGGAGGAUACUGACUGUCUGCAGUAACAAGUAGACACGCCAUCUCUGUUCUGGCUGAACGGAGGGGAGAUAAGAGGAACUGGCUGCUGGCAUUUGUAUGUGUGAAGUAAACUGUGAGAGAAGAAGAGGCAGAGGAGGAGAAGAAGAAGAGAGAGGGAGAGGGUAUCAGUCUCUUCAUCCCCUAAUGCUCCACUUGACACCAUGCUGCUCUGUGUGGGUUUGGUCCUCAGGGGAAAAUCCUUAAAAUGAUGGAAGACAACAAGCAGCUGGCUCAGAGGAUCGAUGGGGCCAUCCAGUCUGCCAGUCAGGAGGUAACCAACCUGCGCUCAGAGCUGUCGGCCACCAGCCGUAGACUGGCAGAGCUGGGGGCCAGCAGCCCCCCCUCGCCCCUGGUGAACAACCAUCAGCACCACCAGCACAACCACCACGACCAUGACAGCCUCCGCUACCGGGAUCCUGCCGGUAAUUACAGGCAGAAGUCGGUGGUGAGCGAUAUCUGUUACCAGACAGAGAUCUCCAGCCUCAUGGACUUUGGGACUCCAGACUCCUCGCUCGAUAAAGUGUUGCUGCGUGAGGAGGUGGCCCAGCUGCAGGAAGAGGUGCAUCUGUUGCGCCAGAUGAAGGACAUGUUGAGUAAGGACCUGGAGGAGACCCAGGGCCAGGGAGGCUGCUCCUCCAACCUCCUCUCUGACACUGAGCUCCGCGUGCAGAUGGGAGACAAGGAGCAGGAGCUGGACCGCGUCAAGGAGGCCUUACAAGCUAUGAAGUCUGACCGUAAGCGUCUGAAGGUGGAGAAGGCAGACCUGGUGAACCAGAUGCAGCAGCUGUACACCACACUGGAGAGCAGGGAGGAGCAGCUCCGAGACUUCAUACGCAACUAUGACCAGCACAGAAAGGAGAGUGAGGAUGCAGUGAAGGCCCUGGCUAAGGAGAAGGACGUGCUGGAGAGGGAGAAAUGGGAUCUGAGGAGGCAGACCAAAGAGGCCACAGAGCAGGCCUGCAUCCUGCGCUCUCACAUGGACAUGAAGGAGAACCGCAUCAAAGAGCUGGAGGCUGAACUCACCAUGGCAAAACAGUCCCUGGCCACGCUGACUAAGGACGUGCCGAAGCGCCAGUCCUUGGCCAUACCCUCAGAGCCGGUGGUGAACGGCAGUCAGGAGUGGGCGAUGCAGGGAGACCUGCCCCUCACCGCUGCCAUCCGCCAGAGCCAACAGACACUCUACCACGGACACACUGUGGACCGCCAGGCGGUGGUCAGGGUCAGUCCCUGUCACUCCCGCCAGCCCUCUACCAUCUCGGACGCGUCGGCGGCUGACGGGGAUCGGUCGUCCACCCCCAGUGACAUCAACUCUCCCCGCCACCGGACACACUCUCUCUGCAAUUCUAUGGAGGACCUGGAGGACCAGAAGCGUAAGACUAAGAAGAAGGAAAAGAUGUGUCUUGGCUCCCUCUCCCGGGUGUUUGCUCGGGGAAAGCAGCGCAAGUCAAUGGACCCGGGCCUGUUUGAUGGUACAUCCAUCCCUGAUUAUUACAUAGAGGAGGAUGCUGACUGGUGAUGGUGUGUGGAUUUAUGUGUGGUUGUGUGCAUGCGGAUGUGCGUGUCUGUCUCUCUCUGUGUGUGCGUGUGUGUGCGUGUUUGUUUGACCAUGUGCAUGCUUGUGGGUGUGUUGCCGUAUGUGCCCACAAGAAAAACCUGAGACAACUGCUGCCCCCAGAAAAUGUACAUUAUCCUCAAAAAUGUAUGUAUGUAAAUUAAAUAUAUAUUUAUAGAUGUACAUGUAUGCAUAUGUAUAUAUGUUUACAUGCAUAUAAAUAUAUACAUGAGAUAAUUAUGUGUGGACAUGUUCAUGCUGUGUAAUCUUUUAUUUAUCUUAAUAUUUAUGUGUUUUUUAUGACUGGAGACAUGAAGGACUGGUGUAAAUAUGUUAAUGGCAGUAAAUCGGCACCUAGUGUUUGCAAAUGUCUUUUGUCUGAUAACUGUUUUAUUUUAUAGUUGCUUUUAUCAUGCUUUUGUAUUCAGAAUAUUCCCCCAUCCUCAGUCUGAGUUGGCCAAUCCUUUAUAUUCUCAUGAAGAUAUGAAUACCCUCCACAUUGUGAAUGGAGAAUAAGUAUAUAUUAUACACACUAGUAUAACCCAUGACGUUGUCUACGAACAGAAGAACACUGGACCCGUGGUAUCAUUUAGUGCUCAACAUUGAAGUAUAUGGAACGACCAUGUUUCUUAUAGUGAAACUGAAAGAAAAUGAUAAAAAUAUGACAAUCAGAAGGACAUUUGAUAUUCCGGUUAACAAUGGACCAGAAACAUCCCACUGUACAGCUACAGUAAGGAGUUUUUGACACUGUAGUGUAGAACAAGUGAAACUGCUACAGCUGGGGGGAGAAGGCAUUAUUGCUUAUUCUGUCAUAAUGGAUAAAAGGGGAGGAACAACGCAUUUAAAUAGCUCAUUGGGCAGCAUCGACAAAAAGGAUAGCCUUAUAGAGGAUGAUGCUGUGAGUACCAGAGUGUCUGAUGUGAAUAGUGUGCUUUGUAUAGAUACAUGUUUAGCAGUAUAGGAAUGUUAGAUCGGUAGAGGAUUGAUAUGUGCUUGUUUGUGUAGGCCUCCUGCUCUGUUCUAACCAUGCUGAAUGUUUCUGAUAGACACUGACCGUUACAAUCGGAUCAAUUGUUAAAGAAUUAUGGUACCCUGCCAGGCUUGUAGAUGUGUUAAAUCGAUCCAUAUGCAUUUCUCCGACUGAAAGCUGAAAACCAAAAUAAGGUUCCAAAAACAAUGGUAGUAAAAAAGUAGAAAACACACAAAUGUAUCAAUGUAUCUGAUACACACACACGGUUUGAAAGCAUUUUAAAGUGCCAAAGGUUCAAGUUUAAUCUUUAAAAAAACAGAGUAGAGUAGUCAGAGUAGAUGUGUGUCACUGCCUUGUAAGAUCGCUUUUGUCCUUAUUGAGUUUAAAAUGGACAACUAUCUAAUGUGCCAACGGUAAGCAUAGGACUGUGCAGUAAAACCCCUGAAUGAUUACAUCUGCUGCUUCGGUUAGGAAUCCAUUAGUUAUCAGUAAAAUGAACAACCUCAAGCAUCCUCAUAUUCCCUAACCUCCCAAAACAUAACCCGUUCCCAUUUUCAUUCUCUUGCUCUUUACCAUACAACCCUCCUAAUUUCUUACAUUUGUGAUUAUGAUGAUAAUUUGUUUCAUGUUUUGUAAUUUAGGAGAUGUUGCAUAAAAGAGAAAAUCUUUCAAAGUAUUUUAUUUAAAGAACAAGAAGUAACUUCAAGGGUAAGAUAAUCUGACCUGUCUUCAACUGUUGGCAGAGGAUGAGGAGCUUUAACAUCUUAAAAAAUGAAUAUGAUAAAUGAUUCAAAUAAAAUCAUAUU